CCUUCCGGGGGGUGACAUUCAGCGGCCGUCCGGGCGACGGACUCUCCAUCCUCUAACCAUGGCCCAGUUUGUCCGUAACCUCGCGGAGAAGGCCCCGGCGCUGGUAAACGCUGCUGUGACUUACUCGAAGCCUCGAUUGGCCACAUUUUGGCACUAUGCCAAGGUUGAGCUGGUUCCUCCAACCCCUGCUGAGAUCCCUACAGCUAUUCAGAGCUUGAAAAAAAUAGUCAAGAGCGCUCAAACUGGUAGCUUCAAACAGCUUACAGUUAAGGAAGCUCUGCUGAAUGGUUUGGUGGCCACUGAGGUGUGGAUGUGGUUUUAUGUCGGCGAGAUCAUAGGCAAGCGUGGCAUCAUUGGCUAUGAUGUUUGAAGACCAAUCUUUAACAUCUGUCUGUCUGUAUUUGGUUUGUUAUUUGAGUGUUUUUGGACAAUAUGUGAUCAGACUGGUAUUUGAAUAAAAUAAGAUAAUGUAUCAAAAUCAAUGUUUUCUCUAUCAGACACUACAUGGAAGGAUCACAGUUUCUCUUGAUAAUAAGAGGAGUUGUCUUUUGCUUUAAUGCGGCUCUAAGUGCAUGUCUUUUGCUUAGCCUAAAAUCGGAAAGGAUCUAUGUGAACAUGCCAACCUGGUGUAUGCAUUUAUGAGGGUAAUUUGAACAACAGAUUAACAUUCUAAUUGAGUGUUUAAAAUGGAUGAUAAAUUUAUUUCCAGAAUAGGGAAAGUCUUUCCAGGGAAAGACUUGGGAAAACUAGAACUCGCUACAGUAGGAAAAACAGUAAUACCACGUGCCAAACUGAUAUGGUUAAAUCGUGUUAGUAAUACAAAGAACAAAAUUUGGAUGGUUUCUCUUUGCCAAAAUCAGAGAUAGAAUUUUUUGAUAACACCUGUAUUUAUAAAUGCUGGAGUACUUGGUGAUAUUCUGAGUAUCUUUGUAACGUCUUUAACCGCAGGACAUAGCAAAUGAGAGCCAGGAUGUACAUUUUUAAUCUAAUUUUGAUGUGUAUUAUAUUAUUAAUCUAUUCUGUUUUUUCCAGUUUUAUGAUUUUUAGACCCUAUCUUUGCAAAAAUAAGAUACCCUGUGGGUAUUUAAAUAGCUACAAUUUAGGGGCGCCUCGGUGGCUCAGCUGGUUAAGCAUCCGACUUCGGCCCAGGUCAUGAUCUCACCAUUCCCUAGUUCAAGCUCCGCGUCGGGCUUUGUGCUGACAACUCAGAGCCUGGAGCCUGCUUCAGGUUCUGUAUCCCCCCCCUCGUCCUUUGCCCCUCCCCCACUCACUCUCUCUCAAAAAUAAACAAACAUUUAAAUAAAUAAAUAGUUAUAAUUUAGUAUCAUCCAUGGGUCUAAAUAAUACGUUAUAUCCUGAAAUAAAUAGAAAUGAUUGCCAUCUGCCUGUCUUCUUGAGCUGUUUUAUUUUUAUUUUUUUUAACGUUUAUUCAUUUUUGAGAGACAAGAGUGUGAAUGGGAGAAGGGCAGAAAGCGAGGGAGACACAGAAUCCAAAGCAGGAUCCAGGCUCUGAACUGUCAGCACAGAGCCCGACAUGGGGCUCGAACUCAGGAGCUGUGAGAUCGUGACCUGAGCUGAAGUCGGACACCCAACCAACUGAGCCACCCAGGUGCCCCUUCUUGAGCUGUUUUAUUGAGGAUAUAAAAGAGACUUAACCAGUUGUUGGCUUCUCUGGGGAUCAUACCAUCUUUGAAUGGCUUAUUGGUAUGUUUCUAAGGCCAUUAGAACGGUCUUGCAACCAUUGCAAAACAUGUUUUACCAGCUGAUGAUAACCAAAAGGUGGUUGCAUACUAGAAAAGCAUCGUGGCUCACCGUAUAGUAUUACUUCUUUAACAGCACUAAACAUGUAUCCAGUCAUUUGUCCACCGCAUUCAGAAAACUGCUGUAGCUUAGUAAACGGCACAGUUUUCCCAAGUGAUCGGCAGGAACGUCAACACAGAGGCUGCUGCUCUUUUGAAAUGAAGCGAUGCCUGACUUACUGCUUCUUGCACUGAUCACAGGUGGUCAAAACCGAAACUGCCUCUUCAAAGGGCAUUCGGUAACUUAAAAUAUGCAUUGCAAAGAGAAUCACUGACUACUACAAUAAGGGUGAUCUUUAUGAGUUUCUCCAUUGCAUACAGUGAGUAUUAAGAUUAACAAAAACACACAUUUCACGGUGUGGAGGCAGCUAGCACUACUAACCUACAAGGCUUAGUUGAUUGGCGACGUGUCAUGUUUUUCAACCAUCUGGUCACCCCAGAAAGUUCUCAAAAUAAACAUUGACUGCUCACUUCACUGCAACUUCCUCGUCUGCUGUACAGCGCACCUCUGAUGUGUGGUGGCUAGAAGUGCAUGUAUAGAGUUUUCUUAGGUUAAAAGAGCAGUGGGCUCCUUAAAGUGGCACCUUCCCCUCACCAGCCAGUUACCUUCUGCCCUCCUAAAUCCCGCAUGCCUUAUCUCCCAGUAAAGAACCAUCGAGGCCGUCUUUCACCGAAUUUGUGUGUGCCCAGUGAUUGCCACUGACAACUUGAGCACCCCUCAGAUACUCACUGCGCACCUCCUAACUCGGGGCGCUGUGCUAAGUGGGAGAAACAUCAGGAAACGAGACUGAACGUUACCUGCUUCGUGAUGUGCCUGGUCUGGCGAGACAGGUAAUUAAGCGUGCAGUUACAGUAACGUGAGAAGUGCUAUGAUGAGGGAAGUGGGAGGUAUGCUUGGAAGAGUCUAAGGCAGAUUUGAGAAGGGGGUUCCAGGGAGGCUGUCAGAGCAACUACUAUCAAAAGUAAACCAGAGGAGUAAGCCAAGAAUGGGGACAUGGUACACUGGGCAGGUAGAACAGCCAGUGUAAAAGCUAUUAAGUCGGAAAGAGUCUGGCAUAUUGGAGGGUCUGAAAGAACAGAAGUACGACCGAAUCGCCAGGUAGAAGUAGUCAUGUAAGACCAGAGAAUGGGGACCAGAUCAUGAAGUGCCUUUUAUGCCUUACUAAGGAUCGGGUUGUCUCAAGGCCAGUGAAUGGAGAACUGUUGAAGACUUUUGACAAGGCACGAUUUCUGUCCUCAGUUUGUAUGGUCUAACAGCAGCAGGCAAUUUCACUUCCAGGUAACAGAGGCUAGGACAGGAACA